AGCCUCCCGGCCCUCAGACAGAGGCGGAGUCAGACAGUCGACAGCAGCAUGGCGGUGAACUAAGCCUUCCUGUGGAUCCUGAGCCUCCAGCCUGAUCCAGCAGCCUCACCAUGAGCCUGUUCUGCAGACUUCACACACUCCGACUCUGCAGGUCUACAAAGUUCAGGACGGAAGCCCUGCACGCCUGCCGGGUCAUGUCCAGUCCAGCGUCUCGUUACAGCAGCCUUCCUCCAUCUACAGAGUUGUGUAUCUCUUACCAUCAUGGUCGUCCAGUGUUGUCCCUCCCUCUGCCGUCUCGGGGGGAGGAGUGCAGGUUCUCUAUACGGCCCAUGCUGAUGUCGGUGGGAGACCUGCUGCAGGACAUCCGGGCCGAGGACCCCGGGGUGCUGACUGCUGCUUUACUUAACGACGAUGGACAGAGACUGUGUUCCACCACCUCCAUGGACACUGUGUUGAAUAAACACUUCCAGCUGCUGAUUAAUGACACCAUCUACCAUGUCAAGACCCCUGGACGAGAGUCUCAUGAACACGCCACCAGUCUGGAUGAUAUGAAGUUGGUGGUUCAGCUCCUCCAUUCGGCUUUGAACCUCCCACAACACCAGCUGCUGACACACACACACCUGCUGCAGAGACUGGACCACCUGCAGCAGGAGCUGGCCCCUCUGGAGGAGAUGCGGGCACAGAUUGCAGAGGAGGCGGAGUCUAGAGCCUCCAUGUUGGGUUGGGCGGGGCUUGCCUACCUGUCGCUGCAGGGCGGCUUCCUGGCGUAUCUCACCUGGUACGUGUUUGCCUGGGACGUGAUGGAGCCUGUGACGUAUUUCAUCUCCUGCACCACCAGUAUGAUCUUCUUCGGCUACUACAUGCUCACCAAGCAGGACUGUGUGUAUCCUCAUGUCAAGGAUCGUCAGUUCCUUCAUAUCUUCCACAAGAAAGCGUCUAAACACAGAUUUAACAUCCACCGAUACAACACACUGAGAGACCAGCUGGCUGAGCCCACAGCUGCCCCCUGCUGGGCCCAUCAGCCCACAUUUGCCCCCUGCUGGGCCCAUCAGCCCAGCAGCUCUGUGCACAUCUGGAUGCUGCUCAAAUAUCCAGCUGACUGCCAACUCCUCCGCUGGUUUGUCACCAAAGUCGGAGCACCGGGGAAGAGGAGACACAGCUGGUGGAGCUCUACACCCUGA